GAAUAAAUGUAAAAAGUAAAUGUCCAUUUCUAAAUCUCGCAGCGCUGAGGAACGAGAAGGUCAAGGUAGCUUGAACUAUAUGAGGAAGUUUCGAGGAGGACUACGGUUUGCGGAAAAGUAAACAAAUGUUAAUUGUGUGGGAGGAACAGAAGCAGAGGGGUCUGGUACCAAAACGCAGUAAAACGCAGAGAGAGGUGAGCAGGAGACACGGAGAAGGAGCACUAGGGAAGCGUCCUAUGGUCGGAAAAUCCCUCCCUGGAAAGUUACCUCAGCGCACAGCUGAGCUCCCGCCAUAAACGAGGAACUGCGCGCGACCGCAGACGACGGUGCAUCACGGCGAAGGAGAGCAGUUCGUCCACAGGAAAAACGAGAUGGAUUAUACAGUCACUGUGGCAACAGGGACCUCCGAAUACUCUGGGACCAACAACUAUGUGUACGUGACCGUGGUGGGAGAGAAGGGUGAGAGCGAGAGGACAGUGUUAGACAACCCUGGUCUGGAUCUCUGCCGGGGAGCGGUGGAUAAGUACAGAGUGCACAGUGCUGCUUCUCUUGGUCAGCUCUUGCUGGUCCGCCUAGAGAAGGAACGCUACUGGGUGGAGGACAACUGGUUCUGCCGUUACGUGGCUGUGACAUCCCCAGAUGGAGACACGCUAACCUUUCCUUGUUACCGCUGGCUGGUGGGAAAUGUCAAGGUGGAGCUGCGAGAGGGAACAGCAAAGAAGCUUAAUGAUGACACUUUAUCACUUUUAUUGGAGCACAGGAGGGCAGAGCUGCAGGAGAGACAGAAAAUAUACCGGUGGCAGGCCUGGGCUCCCGGUAUUCCAAAGUGUAUUGAUGCCAAAUCAGAGGCUGACUUGCCGCAGGAUGCGCGUUUUGACAACGAGAAACGGAGCGAUUUCGAGGGAUCACUGCAGUUUGCGCUGCUGGAACUCUCCCUGAAGACACUGGCAUUAAAAUUUGGAAAGUCGUGGGACAGUCUGGACGACUUCAAGCGCAUCUUCUGGAAGCUCAGAAGCCCAGUCGCAGAGUAUGUGAUGAAGAACUGGAGAGAGGACUGGCUUUUUGGGUACCAGUUUCUCAAUGGCUGCAAUCCACGCAUGAUCCAGCAGUGCCGCAAGCUGCCUGACAACUUCCCAGUCUCAGAGGACAUGGUGCAGGGCUCCAUGGGGCCAAAAAUGACACUCAGCAAGGAAAUGAAGGCUGGAAAUAUAUACCUGGUCAAUUAUGCCAUCAUGGAUGGCAUCCCUGCAAAUGUAAUCCGGAAUCGGCCGCAGCACCUGGCUGCACCCUUAUGUCUGCUGUAUGAGCACCCUGAGAGUGGCCUCAUCCCCAUUGCUAUACAGCUGGAUCAGAAUCCAGGCCCAGAUACUCCUAUUUUCCUGCCCAGUGAUCCACCUCUGGCCUGGUUGCUGGCCAAAAUAUGGGUUCGUCACUCCGAGUUCCAGGUUUUCCAGGUGUUGUCCCACCUGCUGCGCACACACCUGGUGAUCGAGGUGUUCUGUGUAGCCACUCUCCGGCAGCUUCCGGCUGUUCAUCCCAUUUAUAAGCUACUGACUCCACACCUGCGGUACACCCUGGAGAUCAACUGUCGAGGACGCACCCAGCUCAUCUCCUCCAAUGGCAUCUUCAAAAGGGUGGUUUCAACGGGGGGUGAAGGCCUGCUGGUGCUGGCCCAGAAAGAGUACAAGGUUCUGACGUACAGGUCUCUCCAGCCCAGCGUAGACUUCCAUGAGCGUGGUGUGACAAAGCUGAAAGGCUAUUUCUACAAAGAGGACAGCAUGAUGCUGUGGGAUGCCAUUCACAGCUUCACCUGGGGGAUGGUGUGCCUCUAUUACUCCAGCGACACCGAUGUGGCUGAGGAUGAAGAGCUGCAAGCCUGGAUACAGGAGAUCGCUAACGAGGGUUUCGUGGACAUCCCCAAGUUCGGUCUGUCCAGUGAGCUGAAGACCAGGGAGGAACUAAACACACUGCUGAGUGUGGUGAUCUUCACAAGUACAGCACAGCAUGCAGCUACUAAUAAUGGCCAGUUUGACUGGUGCGCCUGGAUCCCCAACACUCCUUGCACCAUGCGCUGCCCCCCGCCCACUGACAAAGAUGCCAUCACCAUGGAGCUAGUCAUAGACACUUUGCCUGAUGUCAGCCAGUCCUGUAUGCAGAUGGCCAUCACAUGGCACCUGGGGCGCCUCCAGCCUGACGCAAUACAACUGGGGCAGUACACUGAGGAGUACUUCACUGAACCUCGUGCCAAGGAGCUCAUCGAGAGGUUCCGACAAGAGCUGCGGGAUGUGGAGGAGCACAUUGCCAAAAAGAACGAGGGUUUGGAGCUGCCAUACCUGUACCUGUGUCCCAGUCGCAUCGAGAACAGCAUCACCAUUUAGACGGCAGCAGUACCGCAAAGACUGCCUUGCUGGGUAGGGUGCUGUGUCACAUACUUAGCUGAACAGUAGGACUCACAGGGGUGUAAGUAAGUCACUGGAAUCUUCAAUAUUUAGCUGUAGUGGUUACCUGCAACGCUUAAGGGUGUUUGACAUUGCUGAUAGUGUCACAAAAAAGGUAUAAAAGUCUGUCACAUUUCACUGUGAUGUUAAAAAAACCUGAUUAAUUUUUUUUUUAAUGGUAAUAUAUUUUUCAUGCAAGUGGCCUAGUCUUUUCCUGUAAUUCUGUGUUAUUCACUCAUUUGAUGAAAUAGGCCAGUGAGAAACACCCAUAUUAUUGUACAGUAAAUAUAAAUUUUUAUCUUCCAACGGUCUAAAUACUUUUUGUAUCAAAGGGGAACCUAGA